AGUUCAAGCCAUGGCUAACACGAUUAUCUAUAUACUUAUAUGGUUAUAACUUAUAUGUUCUUUGAGUGAUUAAUUCGUUGAAUUAAAGAAAAAAGAGAUAGUAAGGAUGGGAAAAGAUUUCAAGAGUAUGGUGACACGAUGCAUCUACGUAGGAAAAGAGAACGAUAACGUGAAGAAGCUGAAAACCGCGACGGAGGAGCUCAAGGAUUUACGCAACAAUGUGAUGAAAAGGGUCAAAAUGUAUGAAGACCAGCAGAAGCUGAAGCGUCUCGAGAAAGUCCAGGUCUGGCUUAGACAAGCCGAUGUAGCGAUCAAAGAAGCAGAAGAAAUUUUGAUAGCGAUGAUGUCUUCUUCUUCUUCAAAUGGAUCAAGCAUGAUGAGUUGUCACAAGAUGGACAAGAAGCUUUGCAAGAAGCUGAAAGAGGUUAAUGAGAUAAAGAGUAGAGGAACAUUCGAUGUGGUGGUUGAGAAUAGUGGCAUUGGUGGAUCGAUGAUGAUUUCGACCGUUGAUAGAGAUGAUCAGACGGUUGGAUUGGAGGCGGUUUCGGGGCUAGUGUGGCGGUGUAUGACGGUGGAUAACACCGGGAUUAUUGGGUUGUACGGCGUGGAAGGUGUUGGGAAGACGACGGUGUUGACUCAGGUCAACAACAGGUUGCUUCAGCACAAGUUAAAUGGGUUUGACUUUGUGAUUUGGGUGUUUGUGUCCAAGAAUCUGAAUCUUGAAAGGAUUCAGGACACUAUCCGAGAGAAGAUAGGGUUUCUUGAUAGGUUGUGGACGAACAAGACAGAGGAAGAGAAAGCCGGUAAGAUCUUCGAGAUACUUAGCAAAAGACGAUUCGCUUUGUUCCUUGACGACGUUUGGGAGAAAGUCGAUCUAGUGAAAGCUGGUGUGCCACCGCCGGAUGGACAGAACGGAUCAAAGAUCGUGUUUACAACCUGUUCGGACGAGGUUUGUCGGGAAAUGGGAGCACAAACUAAGAUCAAAAUGGAGAAGCUGCCAUGGGAGAGAGCUUGGGACUUGUUUAAGAAGAAUGCGGGAGAAGAUACAGUGAAGAGCCACCCGGACAUAACCAAAGUUGCUCAAGAGGUUGCAGCCAAGUGCGAUGGCCUCCCGCUGGCUUUGGUCACAAUUGGCCGAGCCAUGGCCUCUAAGAAAACACCUCAGGAAUGGCGUGACGCUUUGUACAUCUUGAGUAACUCUCCUCCUAAUUUCUCAGUUCUCAAGUUACUGGACAGGAACUAAUAUGUACACUCGAUCGAGGAACCGUGUUGUGCAUGGAGAGCUUAAAGAUAGCUGCGUAGAUUUUUAUUAGGGAGAUUAAUCAUUUUUGUGUAUUUUAUUUGAGAGUUAUUAUAUUAUUUACGUCACCGGCUUAGAGUUUGAAGAAUUUGGUUGAAGCUUGCAAUGUUUUGAUGGUUAAUUAUUGGUUUUGUAUUUAAUUUUCAUUUUUUAACUGAAAAAAGUUUGAUUCUCGUUACACGACGCAUGGAUUAAUCAGUUUAUUCAUUCGUUUCGUUAUUAUUGAUCAUAAAUAUCUAAGGACAAAAACAAAAUCUCCUGAAGGAUAAUAUGCUUAGCUAAUUAAAGUGGGAGUUAGGCACAAAUUUAGGCCAUAGUUCAAUAAUUGUAUUCCUUCUUAUGAUUAAUAUUAUGGUUGUCUUGUCUUCAUCACGGCACAUACUUUAUCAGUCUUUUAUAUUUUCUCGAAACUUCAAAUCAUCGACUCAUAUUCAUUAUAUACUAUAAUAUGCAUCAAUUCGUGAAAGAAAAUAGUAUUAUAUGCAUUAAUGUGUAGUCAGAAUAUAUUAUCGGAAUGUUUAAUAGUCGAAAGUAGGAUAAUCUUCAAGAAAAUGAGGAAAAUAAAAACCUGAAAUUCUUUGAAAGAUUUUUAACAAAAAAAAUCAAGAUUCAAAAGU